AUGAAAAAAAAAAAAACAAAGAAACCAAAAAGAAGGGACGCGGAACCAAAGACGGAAAAUAUUUGUUUAUGGAUAAGAACAUACACGGAAAAAAAAACGGACGAGAGAUUCCACCACUACAACCAUUAGUAUCAUUCGACGUCAUAGCUUGUUGCCCUUAUCACGAAAAUAUGAGUAUCGAAGUAAUCAGCAACUCUCAAAAUACCGAGGCUCCUUUUUCGCAAGAGUUCAUUAUCAAUUUUAUCAAAGAGAACGUUGACGUGCCUUCUAAGCAAUUGAUAACCAAAAUUGCUGAAUGUUUGAAGGAGAAAUCGUCCAUGCAUAAAUUCUUUGUACAAUCAACUAGUUUACAAAAUAAAGACGACUUGAAUGAUUUGCAAAUACAAUCAGACUUUGCUGCCCUCUGGGAUACCAAAAAGGACGGAUGCUUGUCUAUACAGUAUGGAAUGAAUAAUGAGAUAUUGAUUAUUACUAUUUACUGGAUAUCUAUUUAA